CUUCGUUCUCUUGAAUUGAGAUAGAGACCGCCACCACCUUGUAUAAGAACCCGAAGGAGGCCUGUUGGACAGGAGCAGCACUGCUCCUCUGCCAGAAUGGCCAUGCACCCUGCUGUCCUGGUCAUCAUCGUCAUGUGUUGUAUCCAGCCAUCGCUGUGUAGCUCUCAGGGCAGUUGCCAGCUGGAUCUUCAGAUCACCAAUAAUGGAAAGCAGUAUGAUCUAUCAAGCGUGGCGCUGCAGACGACGAACGUGACCGGGCAGUGGGCGGGCCAGCCUGCCCUGGCCAGCGUCCGGUUGUGCGGGCCCGGCUCCUGUCCGGACGGCGCCGCCGCCUGUCUGCGGGACGCCAACAGCGGGCAGCUGCUCGUGUCUGACGCGGGCAGGGUCGACAACAGCACACGUCUGGUGGCCAAGAACAGCCACCUGCAGCUGGACCUGGCGCCGGGCGGGCGGUGCGAAGACCAGGGUCAGGCGACCUCGUUCACCACCACCCUGCUGUUCAUCUGUCAGCCUGAGGACUCUGCCCAGCUGGUGCGGGCUGACAUGGGCGCCUGCGGGCUGCUGCUGAUGUGGCACUCGCCGCAUGCGUGCGCGCGGCCGGCCGGCCCGCCGCCCGCCUGCGCGCUGCUCUCCCACCCGCCGCUCCAAGGACUGCCCGGCCUGGCGGCGCUUGACGACCUGUGCGGCUCGGGGCCCUUCUGCGACGACGACGGCGCCGGCCACCUGCUGUCGAUCGGCAGCCAGAAGCAGCCGGGCGCACUCACCGCCGAGAACGGCACAGUGAGGGUCACCUACGGCACGCCGGGGCAAGACCAGGCGGAGAUCAGCCUGCUGUGCCGGGAGACGGCCGGCCGCGGUCGUCUGGUGUUCCGGGGCCUGGCCGGCCGGCUGCGGCGGCUCGACCUGGAGUCGGCGCUGCUCUGCCCGGCCGGCGCCCUGCACUGUCAGACGAGCGCCGUGCCACGGCUGUAG